AUGUGGCUAAUCUAUGCCGAAAGAGUUCGUUGGCCGGGGCCGCGGCGCUCGCGACGGGCGCGCCGUAGACGCGGCCGGCCACCGACGUCUUUCGUUUUCGCGCUAGCUUUCCCGGAUCUUUAUGCCUGUUUGGACCCCUUCGAGGUGAACCUUCUUGGCGUGAGCAUUAGCAGACAACUGUUCCGGGCGGGCUAUCACAACUUUAUGCAGGAUAUCGAGGGAAUACAUUUUAAG